AUAAUAUUAAUUGACUUUUUUUAGAUCCAUUAGGACAUGGUAUAACUUUACGCACUUUGAAGCUGGAAAGGGAAGUUCUGGAAAGAUACAAGACUCAAUAUUAAGAAGUAAAGGAGACUCGCACAGAUACUAUGACGAGAAGCACCAUUUCAAAAUAAUUUAAAGAAGAUGAUAAUGUAAAUAUGGAUAUGUAUUUCUUUGUACCUUCCUUUUCGCUUCCAUAUUUUUGAUGUAUCUACAAAAAGAACAAUAUCCUUUUCAAAUAUUACAAAUGUUAAAACCAAUACUGAACAAUGUCGAAAACUCGACUCGCCUUAACACAACAAUUUCUAAAACACCGUUGACUCACCUUAUGACUACAACUUCAAAAACACCAUCGAGCAGUCUUAAGGCAAUACUUUCUAAAACACCAUCGACUCGCCUUACGAAUACAAGUUUGGAAAAGUGGAGAGGAAGGUUGAAAUACCUUUGUGUCAGUUUAAUUGGAAGGUUGGGUAAUCAAAUGUUUAUAUUUGCUUCUGGUUUAGGGAUAGCAAAUAUUAACAAUAUGAGUAUGGUUGUUCAGGAAGGAAUAGAACAUUUACAAAGUGUAUUUGAUAUACACAAUACUGAGAAAAAUAAAAAAUUGUGCAAAAAUGCUAAAGCAAAAUAUCACCGAAAGGCUUCCGCUUUUGAUCCUAGAUUGUUUAAUAUUAGUAAUAUAGACACGGUUCAUGUCGGACAUUAUUUACAGUCAUACAAGUAUUUCGAACACAUAUAUGAUGAAAUCCGUUCUCAAUUCACUUUUAAAAAGGAGAUUAAAGACAAAGCCGACAAAAUUUUAAAGAAUAUUGUUGAGAAACAUAGAAAAGUUAACAAUGCGUCGUUGAACUGGACACUAGUAGGAAUACAUGUUCGACGAGGUGACAUGGUUAAUCAUAACUAUGGUUAUACUGUGGCUACUAAGGAAUAUUUCGUAAAAGCAAAACAGUGGUUCCAGUCCCAUUAUACAAAUGUAAUAUUUGUGGUAGCUUCUAAUGGUUUGCAAUGGUGUAAAGACAACAUAUCAGACAAUAGUACUUAUUUUAUAAAUGGAAACUCUGCAGGAGAAGACAUGGCUAUUUUGAGCAGCUGUGAGCAUUUAAUUUCUUCUGUAGGUAGUUACAGCUGGUGGUCAGGAUUUUUGUGUAGAGGAAAUGUCACUUACUAUUUCCCACCAGCCAGAGAAAAUUCUGGACUUCGAAAAGCGUACAGUGCUGACUAUAUGGACUAUUUUCAGCCAAAAUGGAUUCGUCUUUAGAUAUUCUGAUGAAAUGUAUUCAAUGAAAUUGGUAAAGCAUCGGAUUCGUGUGAUUGCUUAUCAUGUCUUCAAGUGUUCAGUCUCUACGUCCAUAAUUUUGUAAUAAAUUGAAAUUAGAAUGUGUGCUUAAAGGAAAUUAUGAAACACAUCGGGUAUUUUACAAAGUAAAUGUUUGAUAAAACUGAUUAAUUUAUUGAUGGAUGAAAGAAAAAAUAAAUCUAAAACUUUUUUUUAAUAAGUAUUUCUAAUUCUGGUUGAAGGCAAGCAAGUUCAGGGUUAAGUCGAUCACAUCGACUCCAGUGCUCAAUUGGCACUUAUUUUAUCGAGCGCAGCAGUAUGAAAGGGAAAGUCGACCUCUGUGUAAAGAUAGACCACCUCAGAACGUGAAGGAUAGACGAAAUAUCUGUGAAUAUUUUAUCUGGCGUGUUAACGAGUCUGUCGGCUCUUUACCUUACAAGUGUUAAGGUGUAUAAAGCCUUGUUAUAGAUUCAAUUGUUAGAAUGUCUUACAACAGCGGUUAAGGAAACCUCUGUUGUAAGACAUUCCAACAUUAACAGCCAUUUCAUUUUCAUAUAUAGUGUAUAUGUAUGAAGAAUAGGAAACAAUGAGGAAGUUUCUCUAUCGUCACAUGACGCUCAAGAAAUAGCAGAGAAAUUUCAUCUACGCACAUCUUAAAAAUGGAAACGACAUUUUCGGUGGCGUAAUUCUACAGUUACCCCUUUUGAGUUUAACAUAAGAUGGAAGAUGGCUACAACUGUAUUGAAGAGAUAACAAACUUAGAUGGUACGCUUCUUGCUUUAGGUGGUACAGCAACAUGCUAUGUCUUAGGCCCAAAACCAGUGUAGCAGUAAGAGAAACCGGUGAAUUAACAUUCUAGAGAUUAAGUCUUCACUAAUACCUAUUUGAUGAAAUUCUUUUAGAUGGUUUAUGAUACUCUUGUGUGUAGUAACACUUCGUAUCAGAUAUUUGACUAUAAUAUCAUUGUAUCUGAGCUUUGUGAAGGUCAAUAAAUGAAUUAUUAAUUUA